AUGAGGGCCUCAAGCAUACCAGCCUCCUCGCUGAGGCAAUCUCUCAGAUCCGCCGUCGCCGGUCCUACGAGUCGAAGAACGUUUGCGACGCAGAGCAGAUUACAGGCGAGCUAUGGCUUCAUUGGACUCGGCAGGAUGGGCUAUCCCAUGGCCAAGAACCUCCGCACCAAGAUCCCCUCCUCUGACACCAUGUUCAUCCACGACGUCAAUCCUACUAUUUGCGAGAAGUUCGCGUCGGAGCACAAAGGCGUGACGGUCGUGGAGGAUGUAAGAGCGAUUGCCGAGAAUGUGGAAACAAUCCUUACUGUCCUCCCCGAACCGCACCACGUUCAAAACGUCUUCCAGCAAAUGCUCCGCCCACCAACCCUCCUCACCGACGCUCCCAUCAAGCAAGAACGCCUCUUCAUCGACUGCUCCACCAUUGACGUUCGCUCCUCAGCCGAAGUCGCCGAGGCCACUCACUCCACCGGCCAAGGCAAGUUCAUCGACGCGCCCAUGUCUGGUGGUGUAGUAGGCGCCUCGAACGGCACCUUAACCUUCAUGAUGGGCGCCCCACCCGAGCUCGUCGACCGCGCCAACGCCAUAUUAAGCCUCAUGGGCAAAAGAGUCGUCCAUCUCGGAGCUCAAACGAGCGGAUUGAAGGGCAAGUUGGCAAACAACUAUCUCCUCGCCCUCACCAACAUCGCCACGUGCGAAGCCAUGAACAUGGGCGUCACCUGGGGCCUGGACGCCAAAGCCCUCGCCGACAUGAUCAACACGGCGACAGGGAAAUGCUGGCCCUCGGAAGUCAAUAACCCCGUCCCUGGCGUCGUCCCCACCGCACCCGCGAGCAACGGCUACGAGGGCGGGUUUGGUACCGAGUUGAUGUUGAAGGAUUUGAAGCUCGCGAUGCAGGCGGCCGCUGAGCAGGGGAUUAUUCCCGAACUGGGCAUCCACGCCAAGGAUAUCUAUCAGGCGGUGGAGAAUGAUGCGGAGUUGAAGGGGAGGGAUUUUAGUGUGGUUUAUAGGUAUUUUGGGGGCAAGAAUACGGAUAAGUUGAAGGGGUUGAAUGGGCAGUAG